GCUACCAGAUUCCCCCGCACGCCUCUCCUUCUCCUGCCCGGAGACUCCCAAUUCCCCACCCGCCCGCCGGCUUCCAACGACCCGCAUCCACCGCGGAUUCCGCCCGCGCCCGCCGCCAAUGCGAUGACCGCGCCGUGCCCGGGCGCCGCGGCCUUGCGCGGCCGCUGGGCGGCGCGCUCCCUCGCGGGGGCCUUCCUCGACCUCGCCCUCGCCUGGGCGUGCCUCUGCCUCGCCGCGCUGCUCGCCGCGGCCGCCCGCGUCCUCGCCCUCCCGGGCCUCCCGCUCCCCUGCACCUGCGCGCGCCCGCACCUCCCCUGCCUCCUCGCCUUCCUCGCGCGCUACCCGCCGCGCGCCCUCGCCUCCGUCCACGCCGCCCUCCGCGCCCGCUUCCCCUUCGCCACCGGCCCUGCCGACGACGCCAAGGAGGAGGAGCCCGCCCGCCUGGCCGCCGACGCGGAGAGCGCGGAUCCGGGGGCGCCCCGCGAGGAGGCGCGCGCCGAGCUGCAGCGGGAGCUCGAGAAGGAGCGCAGCGCCGCGGCGUCCGGGGCCGAGGAGGCCAUGGCCAUGAUGCUGCGCCUGCAGAAGGAGAAGUCCGCGCUCGAGAUCGAGGCCCGCCAGCAGCGCCGCACCGCCGACGAGCGCUGCGCCUUCUACGAGGACGAGGUCGAGGAGCUCCGGGACAUCGUGCUCGUGCGCGACCGGGAGGCCCGCGCGCUGCGCAAGGAGGUGGACGCCUACCGCCACCUCCUCGGGCUCGGACCCGCCGAGGAGGAGGAGGAGGAGGACGACGACCAGGAGAUGGUCACGCCGCACAGCAUGCUCAUGUCCGAGGGAGAGCCCAGCUCGUCCAGGUCGGUCGACGCCACCCGGAUGCAGCGGCUGGGGAACGAUUCGGGGUUCAGCUUCAAGACGCCCUUCUUUCGCGAGCAACCGGUGCCGCGGCCGGUGAUUGGGGAUCGUGGCAACGGGGGAAGCGAGGACAACGUCGCUGUUCAGACGCCCGCCAAAGCUCACGGCACUCAAUCAAGGCUGGAGCUGAGCAGCACUGAGGAUGAGGAUGGGGCAGAGACCGAGGAUGAUGGUGCGGAGACGGUGGAAAUACUCCCCCUGUCUGCCCGGAGCCAAGAUUUGGAUCAACCUGGUGAUUUCCAAGCUGAUGGUAUGGAAUCUACCAAGGAACAGACAGCUCAUCAAUUUCAGGAGGUAGCCUGUGCGGGUAUAGACAAGAUUGAUCGUGAUCAUACGGGAAGUGAGAAUGAUGCAAGUGUCUAUGAUGUGCAUGUAGUUGAUGAUAUAUGCUUCUCCACAGAAGUUAAGGGCUUGAUUGGUCGGAGCUUCUCAGAUGCAACAAUGCAAGCAGAGAAAUUACAGACUCGAGUUGCGGCUGAUGAUCUCCUUGGGAAAAGUCUGAAUGCCAUUAAAGGUGCACAAGACAAGAUAAGGCAUGCAGCAAGUGAAAGGAGACAGUCAUUACAGUUGCAACUCUUAGAGGAUAUAGCUAAUCAACUUCAAGGAAUCAAAGAUGCUGCAGAAGCAGGGCGACACAUGUACUGUGCUACUCCCAAAAGCUCCAAGAAAAGCUAGGAGAGGCAUUCUGUUUCACCAAAACACGAUUGGUUGUGUAAAUAUUGUUUUGGAUUUGUAGUCUAGUUCACUGAUUUGUUUGUUCAUCAAGUUUUCUUGUUGUUUUAAGUAAAUUUGGAUAAUUUUUUUGUACAUGUAUAUAAACAAACAGGGGAUCCAUUUUGUUGCUUGUAACCGUCUGAUGUAUGUGUGCUGCGAACUGUAUUCGUUUCCUA